GCAGCUUGUGCUUCCUGCCUUUGCUGAGGGAGGGGACGGUGCUGACGGCUGGGAGGACGAAAGGGGUGAUAAGAAAGCUUUUAGGAAGAUAUACAAGAGUGGGGAACUGCCCGGGUUUCCACCGUCCGUCGGGAAAAAAACACCCUAAUUUGCUGUAGCUGCUGAAUUUGUCACCGAAUCGGCGCAGAAAAUGUCGACCAGUCGUCAGUUUAGCGAGAGCAGGGCCAUCCCGACCAGGACGGUGUUGAUCAACGACACAACGCAGCUACCUCAUGACUAUUGUACCACCCCUGGAGGCACUUUAUUCUCUACCACUCCUGGAGGAACCCGGAUCAUCUAUGACCGCAAGUUCCUGCUUGACAGGCGUAAUUCUCCUAUUGCCCAGACUCCCCCAGCUCACCUGCCUGUCAUCCCUGGAGUGACAAGCCAAAAUGUCCUGAGAGAGAACAAGAAGAAUGAAGCCAACAACCACAUCAACAAACAUGGUGGCAAGCCCAUAACCGAUGAUGCUCAGUUUGAAAUGGACAUCUAACAGAAUGGAACAACACCAGCAAAAGCAAAUGACCUGGCAUCACACGUGCCAGUGGCUUGGCUUGUAGAAACCAAUGUUGUGAGCCCUCAUGACAGCCAUCUUCUUUAGCUCUCUGUCUUGCUGCUGGAUGUAAUGUGUGUAAACCAUGGGGAUUCAGUGUAUCAUACAUACAGGUACAGUGUGGCCAACUCUGGAAACUGUUUAUUUGUAUAGAUAUUCCAUGGUUACCAGUUGCUGUACAAACAUUGAGGGAGCGGGUCUGAAUAUUAUGUGCUCACAUUGUCCAAUUAGUAGACUGCAGUGCUCAUCCUCCAGUGUUCUGUGAGUCCGGAUCUUUAACAGAGCACUCUGAAACUGACAAUAUUCCAAGUUCAUUAGGGGAGGAAGUGGUAAUUAUUUAGUACUGGCCUUAGAAUCAGUCAAAAGCUUUGAUAUUCAUCACAGUCUUUGGUUUUGAAGACUCUUGUAAGCAUGCUAUUUUAAGUGAUUUUUAUUUCUUUUUGGUUUUUGGAACUACUUGAAAAGCUCCACAAUCUAUCGUUUUUUUUUGGUCUGUUCAGUUUUCUGUGACGGUAUGCAAAGGGACGCUGUAUUGUCCUUUUUUAUUUUGCAAUUAGGUGAAGAUUUCAUGGCAUUCCAAGACUUAAGUUUCCAUUUCCAUCUUUAAAAAAAAAAAAAAAAACGAUUUUUAGGCCAUGAUUUAAUUGUUUUGUAAACAUUAAAUGAUUGUAUUUCCCACUAUCACGUAAAGCUAAUUAUGAAUCUGACAAUUGAAAACAAGCUUUUCAUUCAGAAUUAAAUUUCAGUACAUUAUAACAAUAUCAAGCCACACUAGUCAUCACUAUCGUGACCUUGCUAUACAUGUUAUUUACACAUUUCCUGCUGAGGAAAAAUACAUUUUUUUUCUCCAGAGUUAAUCUCACUUUGAUCUAACUGGUUUGUUUUGUUGGCAAGAGAUUUGGGUUUAUAAUUUGAUAAAUCUAAGAAGGGAGAUAGUACUUGGCAACAUUUGUUUUUUAAAUACCUGGACCAGAUAGACAGGUUAAUGUGGAAAUGGUUAAUAUCCCAAUGGUCAUUUUUGGGUGAAAUACAAGAUGAUUUUUGAAAAACUUCAAAUUACCCAAAUGUUUUAUAUGCAUUAAAUUUUUUAGUACAAUUCCUUAGUAAUGAGGGUAUUUAUUUGGGUAUCAGGACUGUCAAGUGUUUGGAAGUGUCAAGAACCACAGAAGAAGAAUUGUUUGCUUCAGGAUUGAUAGAUGCUGUCCCUUAAUCUACAAAUCCCUGUGUCCUUAAUCCAUUACUUUUAUUCUUUUCAUGGUUCAUGUCUCUCCAUGCCUUAUUUUAAAUCAAAUGCAGUAACUACAACUAGGUUCCUAGUCAUCAAUUUGUACUUUCCAACAGAUGUUUAUUUUUUCACUGUAACUAACAUUAGGAAAUGUUGUACUUGGCAAUUGAGCAAAACAAAUACUUUUUAUGUUUUUUAAUAUUACUUUCCUUCAAGCAGCUGUAAAGCUUGAAAGUGUGAUGCCGCACAUUUCAUUUUGGGAUUCUGAAGUUCAGAUGGCGAUGUGAUUAAAAGAAUGCCUCGUGCUCAUUUAGUCCCUAUAUGAUUUAUCUGUUUUUUUUACACCCCGCUCAUAGUCCUGUCUGCUAAUCUGUCCAAGUAGCAGCUCUUAAUUUAAUCACCAUGACGUUUCCAUUUUUCAUUCAAAAUUAAUUCACACCACAAGUUUGUUUCUCUGUAUGACUGGAACCACUGAAUGGCUGAAAUGAUGUCUAUCAAAGGUUUUCUUUUUGUUCAUUUUGGUUUUAUCAUUAAUUCUGGCCGUGUUUGGUGACAAGUACAUGGAGGGGUUGUUGAAACACAAUUUGCAUUGCACAUUUUUGGCAAUAAAGGUUUCUAAUACUGCA